AGAGAAAGAAAGAACACCAAUUGAGCACACCAUGUAAUCCUUCCACCAUGGGUAGGUGGUAUGUAGUGGAUACCCCCACGUGGAUGCGUGUCGACUGUCGCCUGUAAUCCCGAAUGAGUUGCAACGCGUUCACGCUAACUGGGGGAGAUGUCGACCGCGAGAAAAAGACUUGAUUAUAACGACAAGCUCAUCCUGGCGCCCAUGGUGCGUAUCGGGACCCUUCCGAUGCGUUUGCUCGCCCUCGACUAUGGCGCGGAUAUCGUUUACACCGAGGAGUUGAUCGACCGGAAACUACUCCGUUCGGUUCGUCGAGAGAACGAUGUCCUGGGCACUGUCGAUUACAUCGACAAGACGGAUGGCACCGUGGUAUUUCGCACUUGUCCCCGGGAACGAGAGCACGUUGUCCUACAAAUCGGUACGUCCGAUCCAGCGAGAGCGGCAGAAGUCGCCCGUAUGGUGGAAAAUGACGUCGCGGGCAUAGACGUUAAUAUGGGCUGCCCAAAGAAAUUUUCCAUUCUCGGCGGCAUGGGCGCCUCUCUUCUCAGCAAGCCGCAAAAGGCGACAGAGAUCUUGCGGGAGCUGAUCGAGGCGGUGUCUAUACCAGUCACGUGCAAAAUACGCGUUUUGCCCGAUCUCGAGGAAACCCUCCGGCUUUGCGACACCCUCGCUUCCACCGGUAUCGCAGCCAUUGCCGUCCACGGUCGCACCGUUGAGGAGAGACCGCAACAUUCCAAUCGCAACCACGUUCUCAAAGAGAUCUCGGCUAGACUUUCGAUACCAGUUAUCGCCAAUGGCGGUUCCAGGGAUAUCCAAAAACAUUCCGAUAUACUUAGAUUUAGAAAGGAGACCGGUUGCAGUAGCGUAAUGCUCGCUCGCUCCGCCGAAUGGAACUGCUCGAUAUUUCGUAAAGAAGGGCCUCUUCCAAUGGAAGUUGUUAUAAAGUCAUACUUAAAGCAUGCAAUUGAUUGCGACAAUUCGCCUUCCAAUACCAAGUAUUGCGUGCAGAAUAUUCUGCGGGAGCUUCAGGAAUCACCUCUAGGCAGAAGGUUCCUCGACGCGCAAACGCUGGAGCAGAUAUGCGAGGUGUGGAGAAUGGAUGAUUAUUGCCGAGUCAAAAGUAAAGAGUUUCGUGACAGAGGUUUAUUAGGUCGCUUUCAAAUAGCGCCGGGAAUCCUCGAUAAAGAUACAGACAACGGCGUUUCUCAUAAAAGAAAGCUUCACGAAGAGGAAGAUGUUUCUCUGAUGCGUUGCGCCUUUUUAAGAAACAGUUAUGUAACAGACGCGGAGCUGCCGAAGACCAGGCUGCUCAAGUGGACCAAGGAAAAUCGUAAAAAAAUGCCAUUGUAUAACACUCGGCAGGAGAAUAAGCUGUUUUGCUCUGUGGUCACUGUGGAUGGCAGGAAAUAUGGCUCUUCCUUCUGGGAAAAAAAUAAAAAAUGGGCCGAACAAGGUGCUGCUUUGGUGUGUCUCUACUUUCUGGGGAUUAUCGACGAAAAAAGUCUUGCCGCCGGUGGCAACAUUCUUUCAUGAUAAUACCUGCCUUAUAGUAUUUUUUUUUAUCGUACACUCAACUUCUCAUAUCCUGCAUCGUGAUCUCGAGUAGACGUGAAGGGGGUAAAAUUUCAUAAAUUGAUGUUACUUUAUUUAUUUGUCACGUAAUUGCGUGAUAAUAUUAAAAUGAGAAAGUAGGUGAAACAUCGAGCGCGUAACAUUUUUACUUGGUGUACAAGUCAUUAAAAUAAGGAGAGACGAACUUGUUUGUAAUACAGGCAUCAGAAUGUAUAAAAAUAUAUUUUAUACAAAUGUAAAAAUAUAUAUAAACACAUUCUUAUAUUGUAAAUAAAUAAAUUUCGUUGAUUUUUCAUUU